AUGAAUCUAUCAUCUGUCAAGCUGUGUGAAGAUGAUCUAGAACCUCAGACUCAAUCUAAAGCAAUCGAUUUCCUUCGAGUAUUUCUCGAAGACUUUUGCGUAACUUCGAAAGACAGAAACAUCUCACGAGGAUAUCUCGAUGGAUUUGAAUCUUUGGUGGGCAAGGACACUUCGUCUGAUCUUGCCGAAGCUGCACGAACCGUCGCAUUGGCAGCCGUGGGGAACAAGUCCGGCCGGUCUGACUACGUAGAGGAAGCAAGAAGUCAAUAUGGUAGGUUGCUUCUGUCGUUUCAGAAGGUGCUGGGCACGCCGGCGACAGCAGGAUCAGUGGAGGCACUGAUGACAGCUGUUUUACUUGGUAUUUAUGAGAUCGUCGCCGGUGACAAUGAAAACCCCGGCCAUCACACUCUCCAUGUUCGCGGCAUUGCCGCCAUCUUGUCCGAACCCCAUUCGCCAUUCGACUUGGCUGCCGGAAUCGAACUCUUCCAGCUCCAUAACCCGCUAGUUCUCAAAAAACUGUUGGAGGCGAGUACAGUCCUCGCUGGACAAUCUAUAGGGGGAGACAUGUUAACCUCUGAAAAUCUGGACAAGAUAUUGAUCAGAUUCCACUCUGUCUUCUACAAAGCACGAGAAGCCUUUGUCUUGGACGAAACGGUCCCUCCGGACGAAGAGAUCAGUAAUAUCCUCGAGGAAGCUAAGACACUUGAUGGAGCUUUUGCACAAUGGGAAGCCAGUCAAAUCCAAGAGUGGCAGCCCAAGACAAUCAGCCAGGCAGGAUUUCGGUUAUCCAAUAGUAAAAAUUACUGUUCAGGAAGAAUUGACAGCUACUUUGAUUAUUACGUUGCCGCCGUCUGGAAUACAUACCGAAAAUCACGCCUCCUCAUCCUUGAGAUCAUCGUCCGAUGUAAGAGCAUCCUGAUUGAUGUUCCCAAUGCACAGGACGACUUGACCACAGCUCUCAUUCUUGUCGAAGACAUUAUCGCAUCCAUCCCGUACCAGUUGAGCACCGACAGGUUGUCCCUUGAUUCCAAGUCUAACGGCGACAUGCCAACGAUUCUUCCUGGCAAAUCUAUCGGCGGACUACUUUUGCUUCAUCCACUGUGGGUGAUCACCGCCACAUCUAUCGUACCGUUGGAGAUUAGAGCUCGGAUGCGCGAAUGUCUGGCAUGGAUUGGUCUCACCAUGGGUAUUGGUCAGGCCACACUUCUUUCGCAGGAACAAGAAACCCUUCCCUUUCGAUACAUUGCCGAGGGACACGUUCUGAUAUGGGCGGGUAUGUUGCUUCAGCCUGUAUGA